CAUGCACAGACACGGUAAAGUCUAAGCAUGCAGAUAAGCUGUGUUCUGCCCACACCCAGCUCAGACACAGUACGGCUUUGGAGAGUUACAGAAGCACUGGAUCUCUGAGUAACUCCCUUCAGAAAAUCUUCGCCAUGUUCCUGGCUAAAGCUUUGCUGAGUGGAGGAAGCGGUAGUGGCCGUGGAGGAAGCCUCGCACGUGGCCUUGGAGGACUCCUCACAGGAGGCGGACAUGGAGGGAACCUUGGAGGACUUGUUGGAGGUCUUGUCAAUCUCAUAAGUGAAGCAGCAGCUCAUUAUAAUCCAGAGCCACCUCCACCUCCUCACAACCAUUUUACAAACGUUGAAGCUCAUGAGAGCGAGGAGAUUAGACAGUUCCGUCGCCUUUUUGUCCAGCUGGCUGGAGAUGAUAUGGAAGUGUCUGCUACCGAGCUAAGGGACAUCCUGAACAAAGUGCUUUCCAGACAUCAAGACCUGAAGACAGAUGGCUUCAGCUUAGACACAUGCCGUAGCAUGGUAGCAGUCAUGGACAGCGAUACAAAUGGCAAACUGGGCUUUGAAGAGUUCAAAUAUCUGUGGAACAACAUCAAGAAAUGGCAAUGCGUAUACAAGCAGUAUGAUACCAACCAGACAGGCGCUGUUGGGAGAGCUCAGCUGCCAGAGGCCUUGCGGGCUGCAGGGUUCCACCUGAACAAAGAGCUCUGCCAGGUAAUCGUGCGCAGAUAUGCCAGCGAGGACGGUAGCAUGGAUUUUAACAACUUCAUUAGCUGCUUGGUGCGGCUGGACAGCAUGUUCCGGACCUUCAAGUCCCUGGACCAAAAUGGAAGUGGGCAGAUCAAAAUAACCAUUGAAGACUGGCUGCAGCUGACCAUGUAUUCCUGAAGGCAUAGCAGAGAAGAAUAAGCUUUAUCUGAAAGAUACACAUGGAAGACUGCAAUCCUGUAUUAUCAAGCUGUAGUCUUUUCCUUAUUCUAAGGUAGAUGUAGGUAGAGGUACUUAGCUUAGCUUGAAGUGCUGUGAUUCCUCCUGUGCAUGUGUUAGUCUGCUAUUCUGGAGGGUUUGUGCAAGUUAUCAGUUGCGCAGAUGCAUAAGUCUGUCUCAGAAAACUAUCUCUACACUCUGAAAUGAGGGAAUAUGUUGAAGGAUCAAAGCUUAGUUAUUUCCUCACAUAAAGCAGGCUUGUAUUGGAAUAUAACUAUUAUUAAAAAAGCUCUAAGUAUGGUGGUGUUUUGUGAUGUUACUGUUCCAAUUUGUCAGCAUUCAGUAAGCUGAAAUAAAGCUCUGCUUGCCUGAAGGCAAGCAAACCAGUGGAGUUGAAUGGAUUCAUAAGUUGUGCAGUUAUUUCUAACAAGGGAAUAAACAUUAAAGUUGCAAUGACUGUAAUGAUCAAUGAAUUUACAUAGUCAUAUUUUACUUCCUUCCUACUUCUGCUUUUUCAUGCUUGUCUGCUGAAACAAAACCUGAGUAGAAGUGUCAGUUCUACCUGGUAGCCAGGACAAAAUUGA